CAGGACACCAUAAAAAUCUCAAAUUAAAGUGUUCUUCACUUGAUUUAAAGUGUUGCAAAAAAGGUCUACUUCAUCUUUCCAACCAAUAAGAUUUGGCUUAACGGUACGAUGUCCAGAAGUAAGUAUACUGACUAUAGCAGCAGCCCAUCAAGGGGCUCGUUCUCGGAUCUCGAUCUUGAUACGAGUGUUUUUACCCAAACCAAUUCCAAAUGUUAUGUAUCGCAACCAGCGAAACAACAGGUUACCGAUUCCAGACAGAUCCAGGUUUCCCAGUUUUCCAAAGAAGAAAACCUGAGGAUAGAGUCGAUUAUUCUGACACAUGCUGGUGGUGCUUCUGUAGCCGAUGAAGAGAUGACGCUGGGAGAAAGCGAAAGGCUGUUGAUUACUUGGGCGGCAAGACUUGAACUUGAAGCGGCUAAUCUAAGACAAAGUCUACACCAUGAUCGAGCAGACAAGGUAGAUGCGCUCGAAAGCUCCAACAGAGAUCUAUGGAACCGAAUACGUGGGAUGGAGAAAGAGAUGCAAAAUACCAAAGAGUCUGCCACUUCGAUAAUGAAUGUGCUAAAACACACAGUAGAGGUGGAAGUGGAAAAACGAACAAACCUUUUGGUAGAACCAUUUCAAACACUGCAGCAGGACAUGGUUCACUCGAGCCGGCAGAUUUUCAAGCAAUUGAGUGAAAUGAUGCUUAAGCUUAUCGAUGAUAUGAAUGUGUUGAGUGUUGGUAACGCAGAGCAAUACAAUAAUCUUCGUAGGAUCGAAGAAUCGCAUCUAGAGCUCCAAAGAAAAGUCAGCGAACAGACACUGUCUGCCAAUCAAAUAAGCGAAUUGAAAUCCAGAAUCUACCGUCUCGAAAACUGGAGUAGCAAAAUAGCUACACACAACAACGCAUUUGCUGCCUCUAUGGAUUCCUUCUUACAGGACUACAACUCCUCUAAACAAACGAUUGAACGCCUGAUCGGUACUCACAAUACACACCACCAAAUGUAUCCAUAUCCAAAAAACUCAAAGCAAACAACAUCCCAACAGGAAACAAUCCCCACACUUCCUCAAUGCAAACAGGUAAAUUGCAUGCAUGAGAAGCAAAUACAGAGAGGAACACCUGCUAAAAGCAAAAGAGAAAGACCUGCUGGAAAAGGAAGACCUGCUGGAAAAGGAAGACCUACUAAAAAAAAUACAUCAGCUUUUAUUGCAGCCGCCAAUCAACGAAGCCUCGCUUUAGCUUCGCUGCAUACGCUGCAGCUCCAUCACUAUAAUCUCCCUAUAGAUAAUACUUUCCUGCCAGAGUUUUCCUUUCGCAUUACUAGAAGUAUGACCAAACCCUUCCCAGCCAGCCAAAAUUUAGAGGUAAACACGAACCACUCCCCAGGUAUCAAAACUUACAAACGGAGGCCAAAGACGUUAGGGGGAAGUGGUCAGCACAACGGCUAUUAGCACGGUAUCCAAACCCAGAUUCUCAAUAGAAAACCCUCGCGUGCACAGUCUUUUUUAUUUUUAUUUUUCAUUUUUUAUUUUUUUUUUUUUUCACAACCAAACACAAUCUCUGCACCUGUGUCCGGGACCAUAAUUGUGUUUUUGUUGAACACUUCUAUAUUUGGAAGCAUGGUCUUCGGACUAACUAAAUGACGCACAGAAUAAAGAAAUGGAUUGACACCAAUUGUGAAAGUAACCUUGCACAAUACGUCAAACUCAAAACUUUGUGGAAACUGAUUGUUGAUUUCAUACAAGUACUAGCACAAAUCAAAUACAGAAGCAUGGGCGUUAGGAUACGACCUACACCAAAAAUCGAAAACCUUCGAUUUUUAGGGAGUAAACCAUCAAAA